UAGAAUAGAAGUGUUGUUUUGGAUAUGGGGAUGGAUAGUAAAAAAUUGUAAACAAAUUUCAAUUGAUAGCUUUAAAUGAAAAAGAGUGAGUAAAAUGGCAACAGAUGGGAAUGAAAUCGCGGUAAGAUGCUGUAUACAUGCUGUCAAACUAUUGGACAUGUACUGUAAGGAUCACGAUGAGGUGGGCUGUGCAACCUGCAUGGCUUCAAAUCACAAAUCGUGCAAAAAUGUCCAUUCCAUUCUUGACGAUAUCGACAUAUUAUUUGAAAAAUCCGACAUUAAAGCUAUCAACCAGAAUUUACAACAAAGUAAAGAAACGCUUGAAAACAUUGGACAGAAGAAAGACGCUGUCCUGGAAGGUUUAGAUUUGUCAAAGAAUGAAGCCAACGCAGCAAUAGAAAAUGUCAAAAGUGAAAUUGUCGCUCUUGUUGAAAAUAUUGAAAAGAAGUCAACAGAGGAAGUUGAGAACGUGUACCAAACGGCGAAAACGUGUGUUGUAAAAGAGAGUAAUGAUGUCAAACAUCAGGUUUGUAAUCUCGAGAAAGUUACGAGAGAUAUACAAACAUCAGAUGGAAAUAAGGCACAGCAAUUUGUUUGCAUGAAAAUUGCUAAUAAGAAAAUUAAAGAAGCAAAUGAAGUUGCGAUGCAUCUCAAAGCUGAGACAGAACCGAAAAUUGCAUUUAAAAUAGAUCAAAAUAUGCAUGCGUAUUUUCGAAAUAUGGCAACAUUCGGGAAGGUAAGCGGCUUAAUGCCAAACGCCGAUAUAACUAAACUCUAUACAGUCGAGCAUUACAAAGGUAUGAAUGUUAAAUUACAACAGGAUUAUACAUCUUGUAAUAUAUUUGACUCUUGUUGGAUAGAAGAUGGAUUGCUGCUUCUAGUGGAUGCAAACAACAAAAAGUUGAAACGCGCAAACAUUACAAGUAUGACUGUAGAUGGAUACUGCAGUUUUGACAAAAACCCUUAUGGCGUCUGUUGUACGAGUAAGCAAGAGGCAGUCGUUACAUUCUAUACCAGGACAAACUUCAUCCAGUUUGUCUCCAUUGGUUACCAGCUAACACCCUCAAGAAAAGUCGAGAUGAAUCACAAUUGUUUUGGCAUUGCUUAUCAGGAUGAUAAGCUAUAUAUCACAGAUAAUGCCAAAACAAUAUACAUACAUGACACGGCAGGUAACGAGUUACAAGCAAUAUCACAAGAUAGUUCUGGCAAUAGUAUGUUUGGUAACACAAGACAUAUUGCAUUGAAUGAUUCCAUGCAGGGUAUAUUUGUUGCAGACUGGGACAGUGCAGUUACGAUUCUCGGUGAAAAGUAUCAGCCAGUAGCUUCAUUCAGUGAUUCGGAAUUGUCCAAAGCGUCAGGAGUAUGUGUAGAUGAUAGAGGAAACAUCUUUGUAUGUGGGUAUCGUUCAUAUAACGUAUUACAGAUAGGAUAUGAUGGCAAGAAGAGAGGCGUUGUCGUAGACAAGUCUCAUGGACUUCAAUAUCCGCGGUCUGUCUGCUUUGAUCCAGUCCAGUGCAGAUUGAUUGUUACGCAGGAUAAUGACAUUGUAAAAAUCUGUGAUCUUAGCUAAAUGCGAAAUAUUCAUAUAAAAAUGAGCGGAUUGUUUAUGAAUAUAGAGUAAGAAAUGUUCAUAAACAACUUGACCUUUCUUCUAAUUGAAGAAGCUGUUAUGCUGCGUGUUUUCUGUUAUUCAUUGAAAUAUAGUAAUAUACUAUAUUUGAAAUUUCCACUGUUUCAAACAACAGGUUAUAAAAAGGGUGUUUAGUUUUAACUGGUGCAAAUCUGGACAUAAUUACAGAGAAAUGUAACGGAUGAAAUAACAAUUACUAUGCCUUUUAAAACGUAAUCAAUUACAUAGUGAUUACACAGUUUAUAACUUUCAUGAAUGUACUUGAGUGUCACUGAUUAUAUAACAAUUAAAUACUUUGUGUGCGUGUGAAUAUGAAAAUAUUGUGAUUCAAAGAUAUCGAAGUUGAAACAACAAGAUAUUUGUUAAACUGAUAAUGUUGUAGAAAAUAUAAUUCUUAGAUAAAACCAUGAAUAAACCUAUCUCAAACAUUAAACUGCACUUUUACCAACAGUUCUGAAACAUGACUAUUACACUUAGAUUUGGAAUUUUAAUGAUUUCUCUCAAAUGUGGAAAUGUUGCUGAAGCAAAUAAAUGUGAUGAUAGAAAUUUGCGUUAAUCAAUUGUCUCCAGGAAUAUAAAAAGGAGCUUGAAAAGAACGCACAUAUAGUCACCACACUAUAAUACAUAGUUUGAAAAUACAUGUAAUUAUGAAAUGUUAAACUUUAUAGUUAAUGGAAUAUGAAUUUUGAUAAGGAAUUUGGUUUCAAUUACUAUACUUUUGCAAGACCAUUGGUGGAAUAUGCAGACAUUAUAUUUGAUAAUUGUACUCAGUAUGAAAAGGACUUUGACAACGUCCAAAACAGAACAAUUCUGUAAGGUGGUACAUGAUCCGUCACCAAAUUAUCCCUUUUUUCUCUAGAUUCAUUAACUGUAUGCAGUGGACAUUUAAACCGUUUCGCCUUACCCAGACUUCAUUUUGCAGUUACCAGUGUAUUUCCGAACAUUGAAGGAAUUCGGGAAAGUAACCAGUCUAGUGUCUAAAGCAGAAAGAACUGAAGUUUAUACAGUAGAAAAAUGCAAAACUAU